AUGUAUGUGCUGGAGUUGAAGAAAACUUUAAACUCAGCAACGUGUGGAUGUAAGUUGGUAGCGAAACCAGAGAAACGGCGAGGCAAAGCGUUGUGGGCAGAAGAAAGUGACGAUGGGCCACCUUUGAAGGAGAGAGUACGGUACCGGCGGUAUGCACAGAGGAAAGGAAAGCCAUGCCGAGAGAAGGUACAGAGAGAGAGAGAGGCAGAGGGUGUGUGUCUUGUUUACUACUGCUUUCAAGUCUCGCGCCCACCAUACGUCUCUUAG